GUUCCAGCCCCAGCCCCAACUGCGGCUCCGGCUCCAGCCCCAGCUCCAGAGCCCCAGCUCCAACCCCAACUGCAGAUUCAGCAGCUCCGGCCCCAAAUCCAACUCCAACAGCUCCAGCCCCAGCUCCAACAGCUCCAGCGCAACCCCAGCCCUAACUCCAACCCCAGCAGCUCCAGCCCCAGCCAGUCCAACUCCAACAGCUCCGUCCCAACCCCAGCUCUAGCUCAGUCCCAGCUCCUGCCCAGCCCCAGCUCCAUCAGUUCCAACCCCAGCCCCAACUGCAGAUCCAGCCCAGCUCCAACCCCAGCAGGUCCAGUCCCUGCAACCCCAGCAGGUCCAGCCCUAGCAGUCCCUGCAUCCCCUGGCAUCCCAGCAGCCGCAGCCCCGGCCCAAGCAUCGUCCGGAUGCGGGGAGGCUGCAGGGCUCGGGGCUGGGGAUGACCGGCCCCCCCAAGUACCGCCCGCUCUCUUCUUCCUUAUCCUCCUCCUCCUCCUCCUCCUCCUCCUUCUCCUUCCCGGGCGCCGGACACCCGGGACGCCCGCACCAUGCUGUCGGCCGGAGGCGUUUAUGCCAUGAAAAAGAGGAAAAAGCCCGUGCAGAAAAGUCCUAAACCACCGCCUCCUGAGGGAGCCAAAUCAAAUCCCUCCAAGAGGCACCGGGACCGUCUGAAUCAGGAGCUCAACAAACUGACGAGUUUGCUGCCUUUCCCUGAAGAUGUCCGAGCCAGGUUGGAUAAACUCUCCAUCCUUCGCUUGAUCGUGGGCUAUCUGAAAGUGAAGGGCUACUUCACGGCUGCUGUUAAGAACAAGAACCCUGACUGGACAACAGAUCAGCCUGCCACUGUAGGAAGAAAUGGACAAAGUGCUCCACAGAUCAACAAGGAAAUAUUUUCGGAAGGAGACUUGCUUCUUCAGGCUCUCAAUGGAUUCGUCAUCGCUAUCACGGCGGAUGGAUAUGUUUUCUAUGUCUCUCCAACGGUUCAGGACUAUCUGGGAUUUCAUCAGUCUGACAUCAUCUACCAGAGCGUAUUUGAGCUGAUCCACACGGAUGACAGAGCCAUGUUUCGGUGCCAGUUGCAUUGGUCCUUAAACCCACCUUCCUACAGUGAAUCGGACCAAGACUCUGGAGCUCUUCCAAGGAACGAGAACCUUCUUAACAGCAGUGCCACUACCUAUGAUCCCCAGCACCUGCCACCUGAGAACUCCUCCUUUCUGGAAAGAAGUUUCAUCUGCAGGUUCCGCUGCUUGUUGGACAACUCCUCUGGAUUCCUGGCUUUAAAUUUCAAUGGUCGCCUAAAAUUCCUCCAUGGGCAGAAUAAAAGAUCUGAAGAUGGGUCCCUCGUGCCACCACAGCUGGCCUUGUUUGCCAUUGCAACUCCUCUCCAGCCUCUCUCGAUCCUGGAGCUUCGGACCAAAACUUUUAUUUUCCAGACUAAGCACAAGCUGGAUUUCACACCUAUGGCCUGUGAUUCCAGAGGAAAGGUUGUCCUCGGCUAUACAGAAACUGAACUCUGCAUGAGGGGUUCCGGAUACCAGUUUGUCCAUGCGGCAGACAUGAUGUAUUGUGCUGAAAACCAUGUGAGAAUGAUGAAGACUGGUGAGAGUGGAAUGACUGUUUUCAGACUGCUAACGAAGAAGACUGGGUGGGUGUGGGUUCAGGCCAAUGCCAGGCUGGUGUAUAAAGGAGGACACCCAGAUUGCAUCAUCGCCAGACAGAGGGCCUUAUCAAAUGAAGAAGGAGAGGAACACCUGCGAAAACGGGCUUUACAGCUGCCUUUUAACUUUGCCACUGGAGAAGCUGUCUUGUAUGAGAAUAACCUGCCAGGGUUUCUGAACUCGUUUCCAUCCAAGAAGGCCUCCAAGGCAAAAAAAGACCCCAUCAAUGACCAGGAGGCCAUAGAUCCCAACUCCCUCCUAGGAGCCAUGAUACAACAAGACAAAUCAGUGUAUGUGUCACGAGCAGCCUCUGUGCCUCAGUUCUCCUUCACGGACAUCUCAGUGACACAAGGGGACUUGUGGUUGAGCGACAAAAAUGGGAAAACCGUGAAGGAGGAGAGCGACUCGCUUCUGGCCAUCAUUGAAACUUUGUUCGAGAAAAAUGAGGCGGACGGUGACAUUUGCAAAACCCUGCAGCAUCUGGAUGUGGAUGACUUGGAUUUACAACAAUGGGAGGAUAGUAUACUGAAGAUGGACAUUGACUUCCCAGCAUCCCAGGACCUUCAAGAAAGAUUAAACCAGGGGUUGUCUUCCUACGUGGAGGAGAUGAUGCUCUUUAGGGAUAACGGGAAGAACGUCGAUUUCCCUACAGUUAGUGGAGUGACAUCGCCACCACCCCUGCAGCAGAUCCCUUUGGAAUCGUGCCAGCACAGCACCCAGCCCAACCAGCUGCCGAGUCAAUUCCCCGUUCCCUCCAAACGGAAAGAACCAAGCUAUCCUCAACCGCAUUUCCAGGACUACCCGAGCUCUUAUCCGACUGAUCCCGCCUUACCUGGAUUCCAAACUCCUGCACACGGUUUGCCACAGCAAUCAGUAGGAUGUAAUCAACAGGCUCCUGUGCUCUCUGAGCUGCAGCAAAAUACCCUUUGUAACGCCCAGGAGCAAAUGCUGUUUGACCAAUCUCACUUUAUUAACGGGAAUUUACCCAGUUCCUCGAGCUCUUCCAUUCGGCGUCCCACGGAUGCCAACGCAGGCAGUUCUGCCCAGGUAAUUCAGCCAAGCUAUACGACGUCUCUUUCUCAAAGAGAAAGUGUCCCUAAAAACCAGGAGCUACAGGGUUCAGGUUUUAUGGGUCCUAGCCAUCCGAGUCAAUUCAGAGCACAUAUUCAAAAUGGUCAGUGGCAGGAGCCGUUGAUUUCCAUGAACUCGGGCAUGUGCGUAAGUCAGAGCUGUCCUGAGGGCAACCUACCUGGUAGUGUUUGGGGAUCUCUGGCCCAGAGUCAGCAGGGGGUUUGCCCUCCUAUGGAGGUAGGCUCAGAACACCCAACGGGGAGGACCCAGCCCAACGUGUUUGGAACCCCUGCCUCGAACCCGUGGGUGCCCUCGGCCGAGCCUUCGGAUUACUCUCAGCAGCAAAAUCGAGAUUUGUGCCACGGCCAGUUUUUCCCCGUGCAGCUGUUACAGAAGGAAAUCGAACAAUCCAACACCUUAGAAGCUGACCGGCUGCUGGGGAACCGUACUUUUUGCUCACAGACACUUUCUCAUGAACCCUUGCCCGUGCAAGACAUUUACAACCGAGAGCAUCAGGCCCUUCUCCGGAAAGAACCUUUCCCUGCUCAGCAGCAUCAGUUCAUGCAAACAAGGAUGCACUCCCAAAUGCCUUGCAGAGCAGCUCUGAUGCAGCAAAACAGACUGCUCCAUGUGGGAGGGCCGGAGAACAGUGAUCCUUACCGCUCUAUCUCGGAUACAGCCAGCCAGCAAAGAAAAGGUGCUCUCCAGACCUCACAGAGGUCAGCAUCUUCUACCAUGUUGCCAAGUGGGUCCAUGUUCUCCCCACCUGACUAUGAAAGUAGUAUCCCACUCAUGGAAGUGGAUUCUGGGCUUCCUAAAGCCAGUUACCCUUCACUUCUUUCCCAGGGCCAGAAAGUGGCACCCUGUCAUAGUGGAAACCACAUGGAAACAUCACAUCUUUACAAAAGCAGACUCAUCAAACCAGGGUUGGGCCCUACAGUGACACCCCCAGUGGAAUCUAUUUUGACGGCACCAUCGCACUCCUUCGAACCCAACUUCACCUCCGUGUUACUAUUAGACAACCAGCCAGCUGGUCAGCCACUUUACAGUUACAACGUUCAAUACAAGUGAUGCCAGAAGAGUAAAGAGAGUUCCAUGGGAGUUCCCACUGCAAGUCUGGACAAAAGUAUAAUUUAACCCAAAUACUAAAUGAAUUCAUGCCUUGGACUAAGUGUUUGGGGAUUUUUGUGGCCUUAAAUAUAUAGCAUUUUCUUAAAAAUUCAGAACCUUAAACUUUAUAUGUGUGUAUUAAUAUUUCUGUGUGGUUUUUUUAUUUCUGUUAAAGCUAUUUCUAUGUGCACAAAUGCCCAUUCCUGAGAGCUACACUCAGGAUUUCCAAGAUAUGCUCUAAGAUGUCUGUAACUAAUGCAUUUUAUUCUAAAGUAGAUACAGAUAAUUUUUCAUAUUAACUGCUUCUUAACAUGUUCUAAGAAAAUCAGGAAACUUUCAAGAAUCAUUAACCUGAUUUUACAGGGAAGGAAAUUAUUGAGAUGCAUCAGCUUUAAGCCACCGGAAAUGAGUUUUUGAGGUUUCCCUCUCCCACCUACUACCAAUCAAGAAGAGGAUAUGAAUAAGUACAAGUGAGAGAAAAAUGUAUAAUCAUGAAAACAAAACUUGAAAGCAGUGUCAUUGGGGUUGAUGCUCAGGACUCACAUGACUUGGUUAAGGAAAAGGGAAUAUUUUAAUAGAAGUCGUCUGGGAUUCACGAUUCAUUAGGAAUGCCAGUAGAAAACCACCUCGAUAAGAAUUCCUGGACAACUUAGACUCAAAUACUACUGAAAGCUGGACCUCCAAACUGAUGUAUGGCAGGGUGAUCCAGCACUAAAGAAAUUGAAAUCCAACCCAAAAAAACACCCUUAUAAAAAUGAUAAUGGCAGGGUGUUCCAUUAGUAGUCAUUAUUUGAAUCAUGGUUUCAGAAAAAUUUAAACAAGGUAAUUUUCUUAAUUAUUGGAUUUAUCGGAAUCCCUAACAAUCAGUAGGUGAGCUGAGUAUAAAAUGAUCUUGACACUGGGUCAGAUAGAUUUACUGCACAUCGAUGCGUGAUUCCUCUGUGUCCAUGUGAGUGCGAGUGAAUGAAGAAACAUGGAAGGAACUUCACAAUAACAGCUAAAUAAUUCUAUAAGGGCACGAAACCCUAUCUGCCUCUACCAGUGUGACCAACGAUUGUUGGUCUCUGCAAGAUAUUUUCACCAGUAUCCUUUAGUACUGGGCCUACCAACUCUUUGUGGGCAGGGAACGUGUCUACUUAUUGUUAUAUUGUACUCUCCCAAGUGCUUAGUACAGUUCUCUGCACACAGUAAGCACUCAAUAAAUACAAUUGAAUUAAUGAGAAAGGCUCAAGUUUGAUUUUGAUAAGCAUAAUUCAUCAUAUAGAGAUUGUUGAACAAAUACAUUGCAUCAUUUACUGUGAGUAGCUCUUUGCUCUUAGAUUUAUUCUUAUCUGCGAGCCAAGAGAUACUUGCAGCAAAGGGUUCAGUAUAUCAACCACACACCUCCUGGACUUGGUGGCAUACCAGUUGAGAUAAAAAGCAGAAAGGAGAUGGAGCGUUUAGUCACCUUUAUAUGGCCCUCCUCAAUAACAGAAACACUGAGGAAUGCCACUAGAUUUCAUUGUCACUAUCAUCACACCUCAGGAAGAAAGGGAGAUGUAUGACAACUGCCAAAACAUUUCCUGCCCUAAAAAAUGACAAAGAUCCCCAAAUUGAUUCAUAAUCAGAUGUCUGGCAAUGUCAGAAUUGGAGACACUCUCAGAUUCUUUCCUCAUCACCAGUAAAGUGGAAUUGUUAUUCAUCUCAUUCUAUACAGCUAUGCUUGAAGUUACAGCAUAAAAUCUGGAAACUAGUAUCAAAAUAUGUUUCUGAUCCUUUGGAAACCUUAACCUCAACAGGCUGAGACAUCAUCAGUGCUUAUAUAGAAACUUUUGUAUUUGGACUGUGCUGUGGGAUUUCACACCCUAGAAGAAAGACAGAAAAUUAUAAAAUGCUUAGGAUCUGGAAGUGUUAUGGAUUGACAAUUAAUCUGAAGAAAACUGAGGUUAUGUUCCAGUCCAUCCAACCAGGAUCUUCAUUCACAAUCCAGAACCGGAACUGAAUCAUUUUACCCAAAGAACACAUUGUCCAAUGAUGAUAAAUAAGGAUAAAGAGAAUCAAGUUAGUGCAUCCUUUAAGAGUUUGAGAGAGAGAGAGAGAAUACAAUACCAGUGCCGAUGAAGAUUCAGCCAAAAAAUAAACUAUUUAGAUCAAUUACGGGAUUCAGUUUUCUUACUUCUAGAAAGUAAGACUUAACAGCAGAAACUUCAUUUGACAGCUAUUUUCCAUCCAUACCACGCACAUACCAUAUUUAACACCAAGAAACAAGUCAAGUCCACAAAGAGUGAGCUCCAGAAAGCAGCCCAACUACCAAUUUAUAAGUCAUCCCAUCACCCCUUCACUGGAAGCAGAAUUAGAUGACAGCAGGUUAUUCAAACAGCUGCUCUCUGGUGAGCUGAAAUGGAUAACUGAAAGAAGAGGAGACAGAAGAAAUACAUUAAGGAUACAAUGAAACAAAACUUCCAAUGAUGUGACAAUGGCAAAUAGUUGGGAGGCAACUGCAGAACACGGGCCCGCCUGGGAUAUGACAAUCAGAAUUGGAGUAGAGGCUUCCGGGAGAUUGCGAUAACAAGGAGAAAUAAAAACUGUCAGGCACCGUAAAUCCUCUAGACUGUAAGCUCGUUGUGGGCAGGGAAUGUGUCUGUUUAUUGUUAUAUUGUACUCUACCAAGUGCUUAGUACAGUGUUCUGCACACAAUAAGCACUCAAAUACGAUUUGAAGUACCAUGCGAUAUUGCAAUAAUACUUGCACACAAUACCGAAGGGAAUGUCAGUCACACAUUUCACUUAACCACACCUGCAUACACUGAUAAAGCAACAUCAUUAAAAUCAGUGUAUUUAAAUCUGGGUUAAUGCCUGUAUUCUUGGAUCAGUUUUGCAAGGGUACCAGUUACUGAAUAUAAUAAAAGCUUAACUUGCCACAUCUUGGAGCAAAAGUAAGCAGUUUUUGUAAAUGUGAAUGUGUUCACAAAUAUUUUAUUUAGAUGAAUGAUGUUGUGCUCAUUUAUAAAAUCACUAUAUUCGAACAUUAAAUUAAUUUUCAGUUUUAAGAUAACAUUAUUAUGUUCUGAUACCAAAUGGAAUACAUCAUGCCCUAUCAUAGAAGCAGCUCCUUUUGUGUUUCUCAUGUGUUUGUAUUGAUGAGACACUGCCUCUGGGAUAGUUAGGAGGGGUGCCCUUAAGCCUUACCUGGGCAAACAGAAAAACGCUCAUUAAAAGUUGUUGUUUCUCUUGUUAGAGGAAGUAUCUAUAAUUUCCAUUCUGCAAAUCUGUUUUUAUUUAUUGAAGCUAAUUUAGUUAUCUGCAGCAGAUGGUCUAUGCAAAACUCUACAUGCAGUAUCUAACUUUGGAUUGUGAAUAAAUUUUUUGUCCAUCUGUGACAAUUCACUUGAAAUGUGACAAGUGAAUAAAGAAAUGUGACAAGUGAAUAAAUUGACCCUGAAUUAAGCAGAAAGUUGAUUUGAAAUGCCAAAUUCAGAUCUUCUAGGCCAUAUUUGUUUCAUUUUGCACAUGAAGUUUGCAUAUUCAAAGCUCCCUACAGCACUAGCAAGACAAAGAAUUGAAAUACGGACUUUCAGUUUUGCCAUCAAAAGUAUUGUUGCUUUCCUAAGAAAACUGAGGGAGGGACUGACCAGAAAGUAAUCAGACUUGAAGUUUUGCGGGGAAAAGAAAUAUUAAAUUUAAAUUUAAAAUGUCACAUGUAGCCUGUCUACACAAUUCAAAUGCUUUCAAAUUUAUUGGAUUUUUUGCCCCAAGAUGACUUUUUCCCACUUUGUUUUGUUUACUUCACUGCAUAUUGAUAAACUGCUUUUAAUUUGCUUUUAGUUUGAGGCACACUAGUGACAAUAUUGAAAAGAAGAGUAAAUAAACACUAGUCUUUGAAUUCAUGUAAUAUGUGCAACCCAAAUUUCUUCAUCUUGAAACCCUUAUAGACCAAAGGGGGGGAGGGGGGCGGGCGGUUCACAAAAUAUUUAAAAUUUAAAAAUAAUAUAAGGAGGUGAUAAAGAAACUUCUAGAAUUAUUACUGAACUUUGGGUAAAGUUCACAAAGGAAAUCUCAUUUCCCCAACUGUUCAAAACAACUGAAGAUGAAUGAAGAACCACAGGACUGAAAUUGGCCAGGAAUAAUCCAUUUCAUUUCCCUCCCUUCCUUCAUACAGGAUCAUAUUUAAUUAGACCAAGCCAAUAUGUGAGAAUGUAGCUCAAAGAAAAGAAAAUAGCCUCCAGAAUAUUUAUACAUUAGGGUAAGAUCUUAAGAUGUUUAAUGGCAAUAGUAUUUAGCACUUGCCAUAUAAAAUAUUUAAUUCAAAAGAGAAGUUACAUUUUGGUGUUUUGUCCAAUAUUGAUUCUGUUCUUUAUGUCUUUCCUAAUUCCUUAAUGUAUUAUAAAUAUAUAUAUUAUAAUUUUGGCUUAUUCUAUGAUGAUUUCAUUCUUUGGUUUCUUUGUAUAUUCUAUGCUGAAUUAUAUAAUUUCAGGGAGGGGUUGAAUAAGAUUUGUUCUGAACACUAGCCUGCUUUGUAUACAUUAAAGUGUAUUUUACUUUUUA